AUGGUCAGUUCUGAACAUAGAUGGCAACCACCAGCGGAGGGGUAUAUUAAGUGUAAUAUUGAUGGGGCUUUUCGGCAAGAAACGGAGAAAGGAUCAAUCGCUUGUGUUUUUAGAGAUAGUAGAGGCAUCCUAACAGAUAUGCUUACCCAAUCUGUGCCUGCCCAAUCGACGUUCCAAGCUGAGAUUUACGCCCUCAUAUUUGCUAUUCAACGGCUGCUCCGCAAGAAUCUCCAUCCUCAGCAUGUUGUGAUCGAAUCUGACUGCUCAAAACUGGUGGAGAUCAUUCGGCUGAACCAGUCGCCGCCAUGGAUGGAACGCCCUCUAUUUACGACCCUCAGCGAUCUUCUUCAGCGAUGCCCUAACCUAUCGCUUCAACACGUUCGUCGACAGGCAAAUGGUGCAGCGGAUCGGGCCGCUAAGGCCCACAAGGAUCAAGGCCCUCCAACAAAGCGGCUUCUUUUCCCGCCUUCUAAUUUCCUCAAUAUUAUCUCUUCGGAUGCUUCGGCUCUUCUUUGUAAUGUUACCUAA